AUGCAGGCAGCCAAUGCAGAAUGCGUAUGGGGUACAACUUGGGGAGGAAAGGGUGGAUCCCGUACCUGGGAAUUCAUAAUACCUGAUGGUUCAACACUUUCCAAGAUAGCUUUAAGAAGUGGAGACGCUUUAGAUUUCAUCAGCUUCACUUACAAGGAUGGGUAUGGCCAUACCCAUUCUUCUGAAAAAUUCGGUGGUGAUGGUGGCUCACCUCAUAUGAUCAUCUUCGAUGACAAUGAGUAUCUCAUCGGGAUUAGUGGGCGUGUCGGAUCAUUUGGUGACCACACCGUGAUUACGUCAGUGACUUUCCGGACCAACAUCAGAACUUAUGGGGAAUACGGCACAAACCCCGGGACUGAUUUCUCGUUUGGGGUCACACGCGGUAAGUUUUCGGGAUUCUAUGGAAAGUGUGGCAGUUCCGUAGACUCUUUGGGUGUCAUUCUUCAGGCGUGA